UACAAGUGGACAAUCCAUCACGGAUCUCUCUUCAUAUAUCUCAAAUAUAUAAAGAAGAUUUGUGUAUUAAACUCUCUAAGUUUUGUUGAGCCAUGGCUGUGAUGAAGAUAAGAGGAGCAGCGACCGUAGCAGGAACAUGGCUAAACGAAGCCGUUAGCUUCGUCGUGUUCUGUAUCUUAGACAUCGUUGAUUCAUUUCUUUGUCUCCUCUACAAAGCAGCUGAUUAUCUCUUCGAAGCCGAGUGGAAGCCGUGCUAUUGCUUGUCGGACAAGGAACCCAUCACGACAACUCGAGGGAAGAUCCUUUUGUCUCACAAUAAUGGCGAAUCCAAGAUCCUCACUCUGUCUCCGCUUCAAGAACUCGGCGGACGUUCCAAAAUUGAGCUGGAGGAUAUCUCCGAGACCCUUUACACACGUCCUUCUCUUAUUUCCGACCUCUCUAACAUUUCCGAGCUCAAUAAGCGGUUCGUUAAGGUUACUCGGUCAGAGUCCGAGUGUAGCGGCCAUCAUGAGAAGACCAAGAACAAAAAGAGGAGAUCAUUAACGAAGUCAAGCUUAACGGUGAACAUCACGGUCGUUGAGAUGCUUCGGGGGAAGAUCAGACCACAGAAUUUGAGCCACGAUAUCUCCCGAUGGUCGGAUUGUGAUUGUGGCUUUUGUACAUCGUGGGCCUCUACUUCCGACAAAGAUCAUUCCCUCUUUGUCAAAACUCAAAUCCCAAAUGGGGUAACAGCCAAAGAGGAUGUUCUGUUCAUACAUGGCUUCAUAUCUUCAUCAGCGUUUUGGACGGAGACUGUGUUUCCAAGCCUGUCAGCCUCCUCAUCGGCUCAUAGACUCUUCGCCGUCGAUCUUCUAGGAUUCGGCAAGAGUCCAAAGCCAGCUGACUCACUCUACACGUUGAGAGAACACGUAGAGAUGAUCGAGAAAUCUGUCUUACACAAACACAAUGUGAAGUCUUUCCACAUCGUGGCUCACUCUUUGGGAUGCAUUUUGGCGCUUAGUCUCGCCGCUAGACACGGCAGCUUAAUCAAGUCGCUUACCCUCCUUGCUCCGCCGUACUAUCCAGUACCGACGGGAGAGAGGAAGCCGAGGCAGUACGUGAUGAAGAAGGUGGCGCCGAGGAAGGUUUGGCCGCCAAUAGCUCUAGGAGCGUCGAUGGCUUGUUGGUACGAACACAUUAGCCGUACCAUUUGUCUCCUCAUAUGCAAACACCACCGUGUUUGGCAAUUCAUCGCCGGUGUCUUGACCCGAAAUAACAGGACUGUAAACUUUUUAAUAGAAGGUUUCAUGUGUCACACGCACAACGCAGCGUGGCACACACUACACAACAUUAUAUGUGGGACAGGAAGCAAACUCGAUACGUAUCUAGACAUCGUACGAGAUAAACUAAAGUGCAACGUGACCAUCUUCCACGGAGGAGAUGACGAACUCAUCCCUGUCGAGUGUAGCUACAACGUUAAAGAGCGGAUUCCUCGAGCACGAGUUAAGGUUAUUGAGCACAAAGACCAUAUCACCAUGGUCGUUGGCAGACAAGAUGAGUUUGCCAGAGAGCUCCAAGAGAUUUGGAAGACUUCUUCUUGCUAAGAUUAUAUAUGUUUGAUGAGAGCUUGUGAUUUAUUAUGAUUGUUCUAUGUAAAUAUGUAAUGGGUUGGUAAAAAUAUUCAUAAAAGUUCUAUCAUUAC